UUGCAAUAUUUUGUUAUAUUUUAAGUUAAAUCCAAAUAAAACUUUUGAAAAGAAGAUUUGUUAAAAACAUGUACCAUUCUCUGCUUAAAACACAUUGUAUAAGAAAAUACUUUAAAAUACUUUGUGCUAGAUAAAACAAGAAAUAAUUAAUUUGAAAAUAAGGAAAACAGGAAUGAAGAAAAUGAUGAAAAAUAAGAGCAGAAUUCAUUAAUGAUUGUUUUUAUUUUAAGUCAAUCUAGCUCUUGGUAAACAUGCAAGCAUUAGCUCACGCGCACAUUUCUGGAGCAGACCGGAACUGGCUAACGAUGGUGAUGGGGGUCAAGUGGACACAAAGUGUACACAGACGGUAGGGAAUGACACCGAGGCUUGGUGGCAGGUGGAUCUCCAAGGGGCGAGCAUUCUGUCUGUACAGAUCACGUAUGCAGAGAAUAGUGCCGAUACGAUGGCUGGGUUUUCAGUCUACGUAUCUGACAACUCAACUCACUUCCGGAACGGCCAUCUUUGUUUCCAUCACAACGCAUUAUCACUUCCUGCUUUAAUUCUGGAAUUCCAGUGUAGAAUUCACGGGCGAUAUUUCACGUUUUACAACGAGCGACGCCAAGACGUCAAAUAUCCUGAGGCUUAUUCGACGUACGCGAUUGUAGAGUUAUGUGAAGUGGAAAUCUUAGGUUGUGAGAGAGACGAGGGUGGGUUCACUUGUCUCCCUUGUUCCACGAGCUGUAAGGACGAGGCCUGUGAUAUAGAGACAUCAGACUGUCUACAGUGUUACGACGGGUACCGCGGACCGGAUUGUACUCUAGAAUGCCAAAAUUCAACUUACGGGUCCAACUGUUCCGGUCGAUGUGGACACUGCGCGAAUGACCUUACUUGUGAACAUGUAAACGGCACAUGCGCAGACGGCUGCCAGACAGGCUGGUUAGAACCAUUCUGCAAUAGUACAUGUCCUGCAGGGUAUUAUGGAAUUGACUGUGACAACCCUUGCAGUGACAGGUGUAAGUCCCCAGGACAAUGUGACUCUGUCACCGGGUACUGUGUGGGCGGUUGCAUUGAUGGAUGGUCAGGGAGUCUCUGCACACAGCAGACAAACCCGUCAGCUGUGGCGGUGGAAGACGACACUUACACAACAGAGAUAGUGGUAGGAGUUAUAGUAGGAGUUCUCGUCCUUGUCAUUGCCAUUGUCGUCAUCGUUGUCUUUAUAAGAUAUAUUCAAAGAUCAGAUUCUCGAAUAAUUGCCCACCAAAAGAAGUAACAUGAUGUUAAACUGAAUGACUCCGGUGCUCAAAAUAAAUGUUACUUGAACGGAAAUCGAAUUUAAUUCAUGAGUUUACUUCCAACUGAACUGUUAUUGAUUGAACAUAAUCGAUAUAUUCUUCAGAUUUUAUGUAAUUCUAUGUACAAAAACUGAUAGAGUUAUAUGUACUGUAUCAUUUAUGAGAGAGAGAGAGAGAGAGAGAGAGAGAGAGAGAG